UUCUCUCUCUGUGUAUAUCUAUAUAAAUUUUCUCUCUUUUUUUUUUAUAUAAAUUUUCCAAACCCUAAACGUCGUCGUUUCAUAACAAUCUAAUUCAAUUCAUUUAUUCCAUUUACACGCACAAAACACACAUCAAAUUGAAGUCGUCGUUUUGAUUUUUUUUUUUUUAUAAAUAUAAUUAAUUUAAUAAAAUGGAAUUACUCGCCGGAAAACCCGGCUUCCUACGAAACGUCGUCGUUCGGUUUUUACUUUUUUGCCUAAUGAUCGUCGGAAUCCGAUUCGCUUACGUCAUCACACUCCGAGGCGAAUCUUGUCUCGCCGGAGAUGAUUUCUGUUUCUUCCCCUCGCCGGAAAACCCAAACCUUGUCACCGCCGCCGGCGCCGGCGGUGGCCGAUCCUCCGUCACACUAAACCCCACGACGGAAUCCUCACCGGAGUUUCAUAAACACGUGAUGUUUUACAUAACAGUGUUUCAAGAUCUAAUCGUUGAUGGGUUUUUGAACACGAGGUCGAAAUCGCUUGUUGUCGAAAACCCGGAUGGGGCCGAGGUUUACGCGUUGAAAGAAAUCGGUUUAGAUGAUGUUUUAGGGGUUCAUUAUAAAAAGGGGUUUAGGAAAUUUGGAUAUAAAGACAAUGUGUUUGAUUUCGUAUAUUUGGGGAACGAAAUGUGCGAAAAAUCGGAGAGAAUUGGCGAGUUGAGUGACGAUAUAGGAAGAGUACUAAAACCCGAAGGGUAUUUAGUUGUUCAUACCGCGACUAAUGAUGAAUAUAGUUUGAAUUCGUUUAUUCGUUUAUUUAAUUGCUGUACGUUUAUUAGAUCGCGUAAAAUUGAUGGUUUCGAUAAAGAUAUGCCUUAUAUACAUGAAAUUGUGAUGAAAAAAGAUUUUGAUUCGAAAAUUAGGGAAAAAACGGAUAGAGGUGGAAAUGGCGGUGGCAAGUGUUUGGUUCCGGGGUAUAAACAAGAGUUGUUGAAAAAAGCCGAGGGUUUGAUUGAGGUUGAGCCGUUGAAACCGUGGAUAACGUUGAAGAGGAAUAUUGAAAAUGUCAAGUAUUUGACAACGAUGGCGGAUAUUAGUUUUAAGAGGAGGUAUGUAUAUGUGGACGUUGGAGCACGUAGUUAUGGGUCGAGUAUAGUUAGUUGGUUUAAGAAGCAGUAUCCGAAACAAAACAAGACGUUUGAUAUAUAUGCAAUUGAGGCGGAUAAACAUUUUCAUGAUCAGUAUAAGGCGAAAAAGGGUGUAACGUUGUUGCCUUAUGCUGCUUGGGUGAAAAACGAGAGUUUAGUGUUUGAGAUUAAUCAGACACCGGGUGAUGAGAAUGUUGAGCAAGGGAGAGGAAUGGGUCGGAUUCAGCCAGUUAAAUCGGGUGGUGGGAUUGUGGGGUCUACCGAUGUUAUACAAGGGUUUGAUUUUGCUAAUUGGUUGAAAAACACGGUGACUGAGCAAGAUUUCGUGGUGAUGAAGAUGGAUGUUGAAGGGACUGAAUUUGAUUUGAUACCAAAGUUGAUUGAAACGGGUGCUAUUUGUUUGAUUGAUGAAGUUUUUCUUGAAUGUCAUUACAAUAGGUGGCAGAAAUGUUGCCCUGGUGUGAGGAGCCCUAAGUAUCAAAAGACGUAUGGACAAUGUUUAAAUCUGUUCAAAUCUUUGAGACAACGUGGAGUUCUUGUUCAUCAAUGGUGGUAAUCGGUAUUCUGGUACCUUUUGUUUUACUUCAAAGUGUUGUAGUUUAAGUCUGUUUUCCAUAUAAAGUUUCUGCAAAUGAAAAGUAAUUUGUUUCACAUUGUAGCUUGUUUAUCAGGAAAUAGUAUACACGGCUAAGCCGGCCCAUAUGUUUCAUAAUGUUAUUCUCGGUGCUCUUUUGUUCAUAUCGUAUAGACUUGUCAUGUUGCAACAUCCUUAUCGGUGCUAGCCUAUGUAUGGUAAAUUGUUCAAUUUUACGUCAUAUAUUAGUUGCA